AAUUUUCUUAUCUAAUAAACUCAAGUGACCUCUUGCGAAGCAUCAGCUCAGUCUUUCCUUUCCCCACGCAUUCCAUAACUCUAUACUGGCAGUCUAUGCGCCAAUGUCCGGUAUAAUACCCCCCUUUCAAGGUCAAUUCUCAAUUGAGGCUUUGGCCCCAAGGGCCGAGGGGCUUGCGACCACUUCCAGGCAGGUUUCUUUGCCGCCAGAUCCUUCGUCUACGACUCUGUAUGAGUCACAAUCAGCAACGACGUCUGGAGAGGUAAAUUUGGAAAAGACAUCUACUCUGGGAACAAACAUCAACUCUUGUGCUUCGAACGAAUCAAGGCAAGAGAGAGGUAUCCAAGAAGAGCCCGCUCUCCAAACUCUUCAGGGUUUGCCGUCCAAGACAGCAACAAUAGAACACUCCGGUCCAGCUCGGCUAUCCACCCCCCAUCUAAUAGCUAUCUCCGCUAUUCUUACAUUCACAAUGUGUAUGUCUUCCGCUGGUCAACAAACCCUCAAUAUAGCCCUUCCCACCAUCCAGACAGAUCUCGGCAUGUCUGAGUCCGACCUGCAGUGGAUAACUUCCGCUUAUACCUUGACCAACGGAUGUUUUCUCUUAUUGAGUGGAAGGUUAGCGGACAUUCAUGGAAGGAAAAAAGUCUUCCUGGUAGGAGUGGUUUGGUAUUCUAUCUGGACGCUAGUCGGAGGUUUCAUGAAGAAUGGAGCGGCCCUGGUCAUCACUAGAGCUUUAGCGGGGUGCGGGGCCUCCAUGAGCACUCCAAGCGCGGUUGGUAUCAUCGCACACACAUUCACAGGUCGAGCGCGAUCUACGGCGUUUGCUUCUUUCUCUGCUGGUGCCCCUGUUGGUGGCGCUCUCGGUUUAAUUCUCGGAGGUCUCUUCACAUCUUAUGUCAAGAAUACGUGGCGCGGCGCUCUCUACUGUGUAGCCGGCCUGGCUUUUGCGGUUUCCAUCUGUGCAUUCUUUCUGAUUCCCAAUGAUGGCUCUCAUUCGAGCGAUCGCCGUGUUGACUGGAUAGGCGCCGUUUUGGUGACUGUGGGUUUAAUAUUCUUGCUUUUCGCCGUCAGCGACGGUGAAAAUGCACCGAAUGGGUGGAAGACCAGCUAUGUACUUGCACUUUUAAUCAUCGGCUUCUUUCUCGUGGUGGCAUUCUUCUUUUGGGAAAGGUAUAUCAUUAAUAACACCACCCGUCCUCCUCUCAUGCGUCUUCAACUAUGGACCCGAGCUAAGGGGAGGCUCGCAUCAGUCUAUUUUAUUGGUUUCGUCGCUUGGAUGGGAUUCACAUCCUUGUUCUAUCACACUACAUUGUUUUACCAGCAAGUACAAGGAACCGGUGCUGUUGGUGCUAUGCUUCGUUUUUUGCCCACAUCAGUUUCGGGUAUCCUCUGUAAUGUUCUCGUUGCAUUCCUAGUCAGCAAAGUUAAGACGCAGUAUCUGGUUUGCACUGGACUUUUGGCAACAGGAAUAGCUAAUCUGUUGAUGGCUUUGUCUCAAAAAGACACGCUUUACUGGAGAUUACCAUUUAACGCCAUGUGGCUAUCUGUCAUGGGUGCUGAUUUCCUUAUGGCUACAAGCCUCAUCUUUGUCGCAGCACUUGCGCUUCCAGACGAACAGUCCGUUGCCGGGGCACUUUUCCAAACACUUAUUCAACUCGGUGGAUCCUUCGGUUUGGCAGUGACGUCUGUCAUUUCCAACGUUGAGAAUCAAAAGGCUCUUAGGGCAGGGAAAGAUGAGACUGAAGCUCAGUUGACAGGUUUACACGCCGCGUUCUGGCUUGCGGCCGCAAUGAGUUUUACCGCCCUGGUUAUUGCUCUGAUCGCGCUCAAAGGAAUGGGCACGAUCGGGAAAGGUGAUAAGCGCGGAAAAUUGUCCGAGAAUAAGCAUAAGGAAGAAGAAAAGGAGGAAGAGAAAUAUGCGGUUCAAGGACGUGACGAAAAUGAUGAUAAGGCGGUCUGAUCUAUUAUAAACUCCAUUUUAGGCGUCAUUAUUAGGGUCAUCAUGUAGGGUAUAUGCAUUCAUAAUCCUGGGCUUGAGACUGAAGUAGCCGAUGCUACCACACUUGCUUCGGAGGCGACAACCAUAUAGCUGGGACUAUACAACUGCCUUAGACGUUCUUGUUAAAAAGAGGCCAAGGGAGGUCGUUCGGGAUAGGGCGAGGAACCGAGGGCACAGUGGGUUCAACGAAUCCAAAAGUACGCAUUUCUAUAUGCCGGACUUCUUUGAGACGGAUGCAAUAAAGAUGUGUUCUGUGAUGCUAUGCGCUGCUGCUAGUAGUGGUUGGGUUGGUCUCUUAUUUGGCCUUGGGGUGAUGGAUGAAGGAUAGAUCUUGUGCGCCUGUGGUUUCUGUCGUUGUGAUGUUUGUGAUGGGAAAAAUUCACGUGAGUUGGGAAGAAAUGGAUAAGAUGAUGAGAGAGAAGCAGUAAGAACGAAGCGUUGGUAGUAUAUCUAGC